AUCCCACCAUCGAAAUUCCGAAAAAAAUUGCAAGAACCCCCCAAGAAUCAACCCGAACCCAAAAAGCAUCAUUCCUGGCAUCAAUCAACCCCCCAGCAAUAAUAAACCCUCUCCUCAUAAAUUGAACAUCCAAUUUUAGAAUUUAAAUGCUCCCCCGAAUUCUGCAAGCUUGACUCGAAAUCAACCCGUCGGAUCCUUCCCCUGUUUCCCUAUACAUUUUCUUUGCUUCCCCUCUGUUUUCUCUCCUCGCCACCCGCCAGCUCUCCUCUCUCUCUCUCUCUCUCGCUCUCUCUUCCCCACCUGCCGGCAAGCCCACCUCCGUCCAGGGGAAGGGACGCUGACCGGCCGGUCGGGGCCCCUCCAUUCCCCGCACAAAUCUGCUCAAGAAUUAGUCAAGAACCGAGCACCUCCCCCCCCCCCCGGGCGGGUUCUCCUCUGUUUUCUUGAUUAUUAUUGUUAUUAUGGUUAUGGCCGUGGGGCAUCACAGGAAGUCUUCCAUCACCGAGAAGCUGUUCGGGGGCUCGUAUUUUGGCGGGAGCAGCAACCACGUCGUCGGGCACCGAAAGUGCUCUGUCGAGUUCGAGGAUGAUGACUUCGAGGAACUCGACGAUGCCUUGGAGCUCACGCAGAUUGGGGCGGAGAGGACCAAGAACGUCCUGAUCUUGAUGAGCGACACGGGAGGGGGCCACCGAGCCUCUGCGGAGGCUAUUCGGGCUGCUUUUCAGCUGGAAUUCGGGGACGAGUACCGGAUAUUUGUGAAAGAUGUGUGGAAGGAAUACACAGGGUGGCCAUUGAAUGACAUGGAGAGGUCCUACAAGUUCAUGGUGAAACAUGUCCAGCUGUGGAAGGUGGCCUUCCACAGCACUUCUCCCAAAUGGAUCCACAGCCUCUACCUCGCCGCCAUCGCCGCCUACUACGCCAAGGAAGUCGAGGCGGGUCUAAUGGAGUACAAGCCCGAUAUAAUCAUAAGUGUCCACCCUUUGAUGCAACACAUUCCCCUGUGGGUCCUGAAAUGGCAGGGGCUUCAGAAGAAAGUGAUCUUCGUGACGGUCAUCACGGAUCUCAACACGUGCCAUCCCACAUGGUUUCACCCGGGGGUCAAUCGGUGCUACUGCCCUUCACAGGAAGUGGCAAAACGAGCCUUAGUGGAUGGCCUUGAAGAGUCACAAGUUCGGGUUUAUGGCCUCCCCAUAAGGCCGUCUUUUGCCCGGGCUGUUCUUUCAAAGGACAAGUUGAGGGAAGAACUCGAAAUGGAUCCUGAUUUGCCCGCUGUUUUACUGAUGGGAGGUGGAGAAGGGAUGGGCCCGGUGAAGAAAACAGCCAAGGCACUCGGAAAUUCACUGUUUGAUGAAGCUCAAGGGAAACCGAUCGGUCAGUUAAUAAUUAUAUGCGGGCGGAACAAGAACCUUGUCUGUACUUUGCAAUCCGAAGAAUGGAAGAUUCCAGUUAAAGUUAGAGGAUUCGAGACCCAGAUGGAGAAAUGGAUGGGAGCUUGUGACUGCUUAAUAACUAAGGCAGGGCCCGGGACGAUCGCCGAGGCACUUAUACGAGGACUUCCAAUCAUCCUGAACGACUACAUUCCAGGACAGGAGAAAGGCAAUGUUCCGUAUGUCGUGGACAACGGGGCAGGCAUUUUCACUCGGAGUCCUAAAGAAACUGCAAGAAUUGUGGCCGAAUGGUUCAGCACAAAGACGGACGAGCUCAAGAGAAUGUCCGAAAAUUCCCUUAAACUAGCUCAACCGGAGGCAGUGUUUGACAUCGUGAAGGACAUCCACGAGCUCGCCCUACAACGGGGGCCACUCGCCAACGUCCCCUACAUAUUGACUUCCUCAUUCACAAGCUUAAUCUGAUGAUAUUCAAUCCGUCAAAGUUCCACUCUUUCACCUGUUCAAGCUUUACGGGGUUUUGGUCUUCUUCGCUAGGAUUUGCGAUGUACAGCUAGGUAUUGGUAUUGCAGUAGCAUCGUCAACAUUCUUUGGCCACAGAUGUUUGCGAAACGAACGAGAAAUUAUUCAAAAUUUCUUCUGCCUUCUUUCACUAUGUUUGGGGAGGGUCGUGAUUCUUUUUUGAAGUUUUCCAUUUUCAUCUUUCAGGUAAGAAUUAAUGUAGAUGUUCUGUAAAAACAAGUGUCUUAUGAUUCCUCAGUUUCAUGGAAAUUAAGUUGCCCCAAAGUCUCUCAAA